UCCUCAAAGCGUUGGAAUGAAAGAAAGGAAGCGUUAGACAAAAUCGAUGCCAGACUGCGAUGCGGCGUUUGUACGCAACUCGAAGCUUCGGAUCUAGUUAAUGCGGUUAUUAACGUUCUGCUAACUGAUAAACACCCACAAUUGGUUGCUGCGGCAGCGAAUAUUAUUACACGUGCGGCUAACACAAUGAAACAGGAUUUUGCUCCUUUGUCGAAGCCAACUCUGAUGGCCUGCUUAUCGGGAUUCAAAUCAAGUAAACCUUUUGUCAUUACUGCGCUUCGCUCUACCGCCGACGCAACAUUUAAUACUCUUUCGAUGGAAGCCAUAACAGAAGCAGUUUUGGUGACCUUAUCGGACAAAGCUGCCAAUCCAAGCAUGAAAGAGGAGGCAGUGGGGUUGUUGGGUCGCGCUUUGCAAGUCUCCGAGGGUACAGCUUCUAUCGCGCUUCGCCGAUCUAUCUUUCGACGGCUGUUAUCACCUCUUGUGGCGCUGAUGGAGGCGCCCAGCGAUGGAUUGCGCGAGGCUGCUUGCAACACCCUCGCUACUGCACGCCGUUACCUCGACGACGACUCUACAUACUCUCGACUCACCUUCGACGUUCUCGAUGAUAACAAAAAAUCUCGCAUUGAUCUUGCUUAUCAGCAUCUUUUGGCCGUUGAGCGUCCUCCAAAUGUUGAAUUCACUUCAGCUGAUCCCAAAACGGGUAUGGAGGUUCAGAUAGCUUCACUUCAGAAGGCUGCUGGAAAGCGGCACUCACCGGCUCCGAUAGGAAUCGCACCGUCAUCACAAUCGAAAAAGGCAAAGACAACUGUCAGUACUACUAUCUCAGCACAACCUCCAGUCUCCUUUGCAAUUGAGCAGCAUAUGCCCGAGGAUGAGGUCAAACGCAUCCUCUCACAAGGGUUGAUAUCUGAGAGCGUCGCCAAUAACUUGGGCUCGAGUAACUGGCGAGAAAGACUCGAGUCGGUCGACCGCCUCUACUUCGUUGUUUCUUCCCUUCCUCUCGAUUCUCCUGCCUUCUCUCAAUCAUUGAUCCGUCUUCUUUUUCAAGUGCCAGGUCUAAAGGAGUCGAAUUUGCAGGUUAGGUGCCGUCUCUUAGAGACACUUGGAGCCAUUUUAGAGUACUCAAAGGCGUCAUCCAUAUGCGAAAGUCUCUUUGAGACGCUAACCACGAACUUAGUGAGCCUCAUAUGCACCCCCAAAAACGUUGCGUCCUGUGAGGCCUGCCUCAGUGGACUGGAGCGUUGCUGCGGCCUCCCUGUUCUUGGUGACGCCAUGCUUCGUCUCGCCGCUUCCACCAAGAUGCCCAAGUCUGCGGAGAACGUCAUCCUCUGGCUGACGCGAGUCAUCGAACGCUCAGGAGGAUUCUGCCUUAACUAUUCACUAACAGUGAAGUACCUGAAAGAAGGAUUUAACAGUAGCGCAGGAUCGGUGCGUCAUGCUUAUGUGAAGUUGGCAGGGGCCGUUUACGCAAGCCUCGGUCGCAAUGGCGGCGAUUGUAAUACCGAAGGUCCUUCUGCUGGAAUCUUUCGAGCUGAUCUCGAGGGUUCGAGCAAGUCGACAAUUGCGACUUUGCUGCGUGUUGAGUUUCAGGCUCGCGAUGACGCGGUAGUGGCAAUGGAACACGAAACACCUCGGCAUUUUAGCGUCCAGACCGCUACAAAGGUGCCUCUGUUGUUACCCUCAUCACCUCAACGAAAACCGGGAGACACCUCUAGAAGAAUGACUACAGUCUUGACCAGCGCAUCUGCGGUCCUUCAACGUUCCAUGUGUAGUGGAAUGGAAAAACCAAUGCUCGAAAAAGACGAAGCUAAGGCGAACAAUGGGGCGAAAUCAGUAGAGAAUUUUACUGUUGAGAAUCAGUCUCUUCACGGACUCUCCUCGACCUUCUGUACAGCCUCUGCGCCUCUUCUAAUUGCUGAUUUCAACGCUAAGAACAUUCGCCUUGUGCAACUGACUACGGGGUCUCUUCGUGUAAGAAAUCUCCAUCUUGAGCUAAAACUUAAUUUCAUUAAUGCAUCUUCGGAUCAUCACCUGGGUCUCUUUCAGCAACCUACUCGUCAACGUCUUGAGGAUGAUUUUAUUAAGUCCAGUAUGCACCCCAACUUGCGACACCUCUUGACCUCGUGGGACUCGGACCCAGCCAAAACGCGAGAGGCUCUAGUUCUACUGACGCACCUCCUACUACAACAUACUCCAUCACGGCAUAAGUCGUCUGAGAGCCACCAAGACUUGCUCUCGUGCACAUUAGCUAACGUAGAUCUCCUCUUUCAGUGGAUGGUUGAGUCUUGUUUCCUUACUGAAACGCUUGUUCCUGAGGUUGUGUCCCAAGCCCUUGAAUACAUAGACGAACUCAUAGCUCGCCUGGCUGAUGCGAAGAUGACUUUGAGAGUUGUCGAGGUUCGUAUUCUACUACCCUGGCCGCUUUUUGCACCCCACAUGCUCAACCAAUAUUUUGGCCAAGUUCCUGAGAGGUGUCGUCGUCUCACCAGUCUCCUCUUCGGCCUCUGUCGUGUCUUGUCUGCUGACGAGGUAUAUUUAAUCGCUAUGGAGGCUAUGAGCACUGUUACCGAGACGGGGAUUCUUAAAGAAAUGCUCCUCCUUGUGAAGCUUCUGCUAACACGUUUUCCGAGCCUGCCAAAUCCUUCAGUUGCAGAUAUAAAGGCGAUCGCUCAGCAUGUCGGCUCAUCGAACAAGGAGGUCCAUCGCGCAGCUUUGGAAUGCCUCAAAUCGGCUCGUGGAGCGUGCUCUACUGAGCAGAUAUCCGCAAUGGCUGGAAAGUUGACUGAUCGAGAUAGAGCCUUUCUAGAGGAGGCGUUAAAUAAGGAUAUUUCGACUACGAGUUUUCAUACCCCUCUUCGACCAAAAAUUCCACGAUUUGACGGACCGUUCAGUGCUUCAUACACAAACUAUCCAAGCAUUCUUGCAUCGGUGUCGCAGAGUCAGCUAGUUCAGUGCUCGCGUCUCAAGGGAUCGGAUGACGAGGAGGGUCGUUUCCGUGCCCUCCGCCAGUGGAUACUGGAGGUGCUAGCUGAGGAUGACCGCACCAAGGAGGCACGCAUGGUCGCUUUCCUCGUCUCCAAGGUCCUCAUUUCACAGCCGCCUUCCUCACCCUCCACCUGCGACACUGAUUGGACUAAAACCCUCGAUACCGCUCUCCUCGCCGUUUCACAUCUCGACUUUCUUCACCAAUCUACGGCGACGCGAGACCUCAUUCUUCCAGAGGCCUCCACACUGAUCGAACAUCUCGGUGUGCAGAUGAGUAACGUUGCUUCGGGAAGUAUCGCCGCCUCCGAUUACACUACUGAGGACGCAUGUCGAUUUGUUCGCGCAACCGUUGGCUUUGUUAUUUCUAUUUUCCGCGCGGCUUUCCUCACUCGCGAUCUCACCGCGCACAGCCUCUCACAAUUACUCAUGGGUCUGUUGCGCCUGCACGCCGUGCUUGAUCGUGUUUGCCAGGGUCGCUUCGAGUCUUUGCCUAUUAAGAACUCUCUUCUCCUUCUUCUCGUCGACUUGGAUAUCGCGAGGCUCCUGGAAGAGGAACUUCUACUCACCUUGGAGUUUGUUCAUAACAAGCUCAUUGUUUCUGACCUCUCUACUUACAUUAUGUAA